GUUCGACAUCCAGCACGACCAAGCUUUCCAGCCUUUCUUUUCAAAACAUUGUCCUAGAUCGCUCAACGCCACAGCGACAAUGUCAGCUGCCGAUCCUGCUACGACAGAGGCGCUGGCCAAGAUCUUGAGCGAGCUCAAUGAUCUCAAGCUGCGCAAUGCCCAGCUCGAGUCAAAGGUGGAUCAGCUCCAUGGCGCUGCAACGCUCUCAUCUCCCUCGGUCCAGACCCGUCGCCUUUCGACUGGUCUUUCGCCCGUUCAUCGACCAAUCGAGCAAUUUUCCUCGCUUGGCAACGGCCACGCUUUGGCCUCGAGCCCGCCUUCGCAGCCUCUCGGUCCGCCACUCGAAGCCGCAUCUAUCCUGGGAAGCAAGUCUGGUGUCUCCAAUGCAGGUGCGCUGCCCCACACAAACAACAACACCCCGGACAAGACGCCUGAGACGGGCCCCACAAAGACGGCUAGCGAGCUGCAAAGCUACUACAGCAGUCGUGUGAUCUUGUCAACCUAUCCUGGACAGGCAGGCAUCAGGCCUCUGCCUCUGAAGUGGUAUGCUCAAGACCCGAAAGAGAGGGGUCCCGUCGUCGCGUCAAGACACCCCAACUCCAUCAAGAUCAGGAACAGCAUCGGCGCUUAUGGAGGAUCUUACUCAGUCUACCGCGCUCUGGCCGUGGCCGUCGGCAAGCUCAACCCCAACCACCGACCCGACUUCACCAACACGGAGCCUCCAUUCGACAUUAAGCCCAACCCAAAUUGGUUUACUCCUGGCAGGAUUGUGGCCUUAGAUCCUUGGGGACACUUGGCACCUCAACUCUUCCGCCAAGAGUUCCAGGAUGGAGUCGACAUUCGUCCUACAAUUGCUGUGACGAAGGCACACAUCAAGAUGCCAGAAAUCGACGAAGCAUUCAAGCUGGGCCGCAUCCCUCUUGACAACAAGAUCGUUGUCCCUUCCGAGAGGCUGCCGGGCACGCCUGAUGAUGUCGACCCUGGUAUCGAGGUGGCUUGCUCGAAGGCGGCCAUUGACCCUUGUUGGUACCUCCCAGGAAUUGCCGAUCGCCUGGGCGUGCCAGAAGGACAGCUGCGGAGAGCUCUCUUCGAAGACACCGGCGGCAUGUUCCCCGAGCUCCUCACUCGGCACGACCUCAAGGUCUUCUUGCCCCCUAUCGCCGGUGUCACCGUCUACAUCUUCGGGGAUCCAAAACACAUGAGCGACCCAACCAAAGAGAAGACCGUCCGUGUGCACGAUCAAUGCUCUGGUAGCGACAUUUUUGGUUCCGACAUCUGCACCUGCCGGCCAUAUCUUCUGUACGGCAUCGAAGAGGCUAUCAAGACUGCUCAGCGAGGUGGCAGCGGUAUUGUGAUCUACUUUGCGAAGGAAGGCAGGGCUCUCGGCGAGGUCACCAAGUACCUGGUCUACAAUGCCCGGAAGAGGGGAACCGACUCGGCAGCCAUGUAUUUCAAGCGCACCCAGAACAUUGCCGGUGUCGAGGACAUGCGGUUCCAAAACAUCGGCCCGGCAGACGUGCUGAACUGGCUUGGCGUGGGCCGCAUCGACAAGUUUAUGUCGAUGAGCGACAUGAAGUAUAAUGCCCUCGUCUCCAACGGUAUCGAGGUCGUCGAGCGCCAGGAGCUGCCGGACCACCUGCUGCCGACCGACGCCCACGUCGAGAUUGACGCCAAGAUCUUUGCGGGCUAUUACUCGGCCACAAAGAGCUUUACGCAGGACGAGCUCACAAAGACAGUCGGCAGGGGCUGGGAGGACAUUGAUCACUGAGCAGCCCGUCACGCUUCAUUCUGUGUGAGGAGGUGUCUUGUAAAGGUCAAUGGACAGUUGGGAAUUAAUGUUGCAGCACCAAUCUAAAGCCAGAGCAGCAUGAGUUGAAACUAUCGAAAUUGUGUCUCAUUCAUUGCUGUUGUCCGACCCAGAUGGCUCGGCGGAGCCACCUCCGUCGCCGUGUCUCUGCCUUUGCCCGUCUGACCUCUGCUCCCGUCAGUCCAACCUCGCCAUCGCCGUCUUCCUCGUCAUCGCUAGCUAUCGCCGACUCGCUGCCAGGCGCUGAUGGCAGGACGGGAGGGUAG